GAUCAGAAUAAAAGGGCUGAGAGACAGAGCAUCUCCAUUCAUUCACCUUCUGAGGUGUCCACAGAUCCUGUGCACCUGUAAUCUUGUUCCAGAGCAUUCACCAGCAGAGAUGUCCUGCCAACAGAACCAGCAGCAGUGCCAGCCCCCUCCCAAAUGUCCUCCCAAGUGCCAGACCCCAAAGUGCCCCCCUAAAUGUCCCCCUAAAUGUCCUCCCAAAUGCCCCCCUGUGUCUUCCUGCUGUGGCUCCAGUUCUGGAGGCUGUUGUGGCUCCAGCUCUGGUGGAUGCUGCAGCUCUGGGGGUGGAGGCUGUUGCCUGAGCCACCACAGACCCCGCAGAUCUCUCCGUCGCCAUCGCCACAGCUCUGGAUGCUGUAGCAGUGGUGGCAGCAGUGGCUGCUGUGGCAGCAGUGGUGGCAGCAGUGGCUGCUGUGGCAGCAGUGGUGGCAGCAGUGGCUGCUGUGGCAGCAGUAGUGGCAGCAGUGGCUGCUGUGGCAGCAGUGGUGGCAGCAGUGGCUGCUGUGGCAGCAGCUGUGGCGGGAGCCAGCAGUCUGGGGGCUGCUGCUGACCUGAGCAACUAACACUUAAAGAAGCCAUUCAGGAGGAAGCCAUGUUCAUCGAACCUUCCCUGGCCUGUUCUUCUUCCCUGCUGCCUUCUGUGUCCUGGGCUUUAAGAUGCUGUAAUCUUGUGAGAUGUUUUGAAUGUGCCCUAUUGAAGGGUUUGUCUUCUUGGGGACAAAAUAAUAAAGUGCUUCCAUAACAAUCUU